UUCGCCCAAUUAUAGAUAGUCCUUUUGGAUGUUUUUUUGGCCUGUGAAGAAAAGUUGAAUACAGUUUGCUUCGGUGACGGAAAAAUGUUUCCUCCGGGAUUCAGAUUCCACCCCACCGACGAGGAGCUCGUUCUUUACUAUCUGAAGAGGAAGAUCUGCCGUAAACGACACCGUCUUGAUGUUAUUGGCGAGACUGAUGUUUACAAAUGGGAUCCCGAGGAUUUACCUGAGAUGUCGAAACUGAAAUCCGGUGAUAGACAAUGGUUCUUCUUUAGUCCUAAAGAUAGGAAAUAUCCAAACGGGGCAAGGUCCAAUAGAGGGACAGGCAACGGAUACUGGAAAGCAACUGGCAAGGAUCGAAUUAUCUCAUGUGGUUCUCGUGCUGUGGGGAUAAAAAAGACUUUGGUGUACCAUAGAGGCCGCGCACCUAGUGGAAUACGCACGGACUGGGUGAUGCAUGAAUACACCAUGGAAGAAAAAGAGCUGAAAAGAUGCGAGACCGAAGCAACUGAAUACUAUGUGUUGUGCAAGGUCUACAAGAAGAGUGGGCCCGGCCCGAAAAAUGGAGAGCAGUACGGUGCACCGUUUAGGGAGGAGGAAUGGGCUGAUGAUGAAAUUGAGCAGGAGAAUUCGGUAAAACGGGCUGAUGAAAUCACACGCGUUGAAGAUACCGAAGAAGUUGAUCGUGUACAUUUGUCCACGUUGAAUGUUCUUGAGGGAAUCAUGAGCCGCGUAGUAGAUGAUCCCACCCCCGUUGACAUUACACAGUUGGGCACAACUCAAUUACAGUUCAUCGAGGCAUGUGAGGUAGCUUCUACUCAAAUUGUCAAUGGGCGAGAUCUUUGUGCCGCUCAAGAGGGUGAGCUUGAAGAUUUUCUUGAAAUGGAUGAUUUAAUUAGUACAGAACCAACCACACAAAAUCUUUGUGAACCGGUGAAUAAUUUGGAUGAGCUGCAGUUUGAUGGCUUUGAUGGUUUAGAUGGAUUUGAUAUGUAUCGAGAUGCAUCCAUGUUUCUUGGUGAGGUGGGGUCUGUUCAGUCGGGGCAGAUUUCCGGGUUAUAUAUGGAUGCUUUUGAUGAUGGAUUUAUUAGCCCGAUCUCAAGCAUGUUCGAAAACAAUGUAAUGGGAGAUUACCAGCCACAUCAGCAAUCUGACAAUGCUAAUGUAAUUAGCUACACACAAAAGCCGGAUGAGCAAAAUUGCAGCGCUGCAACUGCUAGUGUUACUGCUGCAGAAGCAGAUCAGGGGUGGAUUCCUUCAUCAACUUCAGGUGUUUUACAUCGAAAUCAGAAUAAUGGAUUCGUAAAUGAUUCUGCCGGAGCAAAUGAAAUUGGAGGCGGCAAAGAGGAUGACGGUACAGAGUCGUGGUUCUCCUCAGCUCUGUGGUCGUUUGUGGAGUCUAUACCAACAACUCCCGCUUCAGCUUCCGAAAUUGCUUCUGUAAAUAGGGCUUUCGAAAGAAUGUCUAGCUUCAAUAGGAUAAGAACUAAUGCCACAAACACGAAUGUUGCUGCAGGUAACUACACCUCUGCAACCUCGGUCAAAAAAUCUAGAUGUGGGUUUUUAUUUUUUUCGUUACUUGGAGUAAUGUGUGCUGUAUUGUGGGUGCUGAUUGGAGCCUCUGUGAGGGUGAUGAGCUUGUAUUUGUAGCUAGCAGCACUCGUUUGUAUAUAUUAUAUUUAAAUAAAUCGAGUUUUGCUAUGUAGCCAGUUUUGGAAAUGUGGGUAUUGUAAAUAAAAAAAAGAUCGUACAUCGGUUUCUUAGAUUAGAGGUGCGUUCUUGAUUACGAAUUCGAGAGCUGUUUAUGUUGGAGGGUGAGUGAUCGAACGAUGUGGUUGUCGAUUUGGAGGUUCGUUGUGUUUUUUUUUUUUAAUUCACUAGUUUGAAAACAUGUAUGUAGAGCAAGGCUUAAUUGAUGAUUGUACAAAGAGGAUUUUGAAUUAUUGGAUUAUGAUGCAUGGUUUUGAA